AUGGCGUGCAAAGUUACAGGAACCGCUUUCAUCACCGGCGCAGCCUCCGGGAUUGGCAAAGCAACGGCAUUGAAAUUUGCAGAACAAGGCAUUACCUCCUUGGCACUUGUAGAUGUCAACUUGGCUCAGCUGGAGGGCACCCGCGAUGAGCUGCGCAAUACCUUCCCCCAUAUCGAAACCGAGAUCAUGCAGGUAGAUGUCACCAAUGAAGCGUCGGUAAACGAGGCGAUCAAGAAGACAGUGACUCGAUUUGGUCGCAUUGACAUUGCCGUGAACUCCGCAGGGAUCAGUGGAAUUCCUACAAAGACGCAUGAGCUAAGCUUGCAGGAGUGGCAAAAGGUCAUUGACAUCAAUCAGACAGGGCUGUGGCUGUGUCAGAGGGGAGUCAUCCAGCAGAUGUUAACACAAGAGUGGGUCUCGUAG